AUGCCCAGUUACACUAUACUUCAACCGAUAUGCAUCAAUGGUGUUCUGUAUUAUAUAUCUAUCAAAUCGUCUACAGAGACUUGUGUAAUAGUUUGCUUUGAUGUUAGAUCUGAGAGUUUCAGCUUUUUGAAACCCAAGGGAGAUCUCAAUGGAGCAUUGCUUAAUGGAGGAACUCUGGUAAACUACAAUGGCAAGUUAGGUUGUGUGUUUCAGUCUAUAUUUACUGAAAAAAGUACAAGUUUCAAGCUGUGGGUUUUAGAAGAUGUGGAGAAAGAGGAAUGGUCUGAUCGUAUAUACUUAUUGCCUGCUGUGUGGAAGAAUGUAGUUAGAAAAGCUGAGUUAAGCUGUGUUGGAGUGACUCGGACAAAUGACAUUGUGUUCUCGUCGGACGAUCCAGCAUACCCUUUUUACCUUUACUAUCUUAAUCUCGAGAGGAACACUGUCGUAAGAGUUGAAAUCCAAGGAAUAGAUACGUCUAAGUCCAUGUCUUGGGAAUAUUUCACUUGUCUAGACCAUGUAGAGGAUGUGAAGCUCUAUCGUAAGUGUUUUUAG